GUUGAAGCGAAGGGGCGGGGUGGACCGCGCGCUCACUGUCGCCAGUAACGGCCGGGUUUGUGCGUCGGUGAGGCGGCGGGACCAGCAGGAGCCACCCCGCGGGUGACAUUUAAUAAAACGCCUCUCGCGUGCACGGGUAAAUCACGCGUGUUGCGCUGCGCUGUGCUGUGCGUGUUUGGCGAACGCGGCGUCCGCGGGCGUCCGACAUGCGAACGUAGCCGUUAGCGGGCGAGCCAGGCCGAGGAGAGCUGGUCCCGGGUCGUCUCCCUCCCGGGCGGCAGCGCCGAUGCGUCACAGCCCCGCGGACCGAGCUGGUCGUCGCCGCCGGAGAAGAUGCGCAAGGACGUGAGGAUACUGUUGGUGGGAGAGCCCAAAGUGGGGAAGACCUCUCUCAUCAUGUCCCUGGUCAGCGAGGAGUUCCCAGAUGUGGUUCCCUAUCGAGCUGAAGAGAUCACGAUACCUGCGGAUGUCACUCCUGAGAGAGUCCCCACGCACAUCGUGGACUAUUCAGAGGCGGAGCAGACAGAUGAGCAGCUGUUUCAGGAGAUCUCCAAGGCAAAUGUGAUUUGCAUCGUCUACUCUGUCAACAACAAGAAGUCCAUAGAAAAGGUGACCAGUCACUGGAUCCCACUCAUAACUGAGAACACAGACAAAGACAGCAGGGUUCCUCUGAUCCUCGUAGGGAACAAGUCUGACCUGGUGGAACACAGCAGCAUGGAGACCAUACUGCCCAUAAUGAACCAGUACAGUGAGAUAGAGACUUGUGUUGAGUGUUCAGCAAAGAACCUUAAGAACAUCUCAGAGCUGUUCUACUACGCCCAGAAGGCGGUUCUGCACCCCACAGGCCCUCUCUACUGUCCAGAGAAAAAAGAUAUGAAGCCACUUUGUGUUAAAGCCCUCACUCGGAUUUUCAAAGUGUCAGACCUGGACAAUGAUGGGAUUCUAAAUGACAACGAGCUCAACUUCUUCCAGCGGACAUGUUUCAACGCCCCACUAGAGCCUCAGGCAUUGGAGGAUGUAAAAAAUGUGGUGAGGAAGAAUUUAAACGAUGGAGUCUGUGACAACGGACUCACUCUGAAAGGGUUUCUCUUCCUGCACACCUUGUUCAUUCAGCGCGGUCGCCAUGAAACGACUUGGACAGUGCUGAGGAGAUUUGGAUAUGAUGACGACCUGGAGUUAAAUCAGGACUACCUCUUCCCUCCGUUGAAAAUCCCUCCAGACUGCACCACCGAGCUCAACCAUAAUGCCUACCUCUUCCUCCAAAGCGUCUUUGACAAACAUGACAAGGACCGUGACUGUGCCUUGUCACCAGAUGAGUUGAAGGACCUGUUUGAUGUGUUUCCAUACAUGCCCUGGGGUCCAGAUGUCAAUAACACAGUUUGCACUAAUGACCAGGGCUGGAUUACAUACCAGGGGUACCUCUCCCAGUGGACGCUGACUACGUAUCUCGAUGUCCAACGAUGCCUGGAGUAUUUGGGUUACCUCGGUUAUUCAAUAAUUGCUGAGCAGGAGUCUCAUGCAUCAGGGAUUACAGUGACCAGAGAUAAGAAGAUUGACCUGCAGAAGAAGCAGACGCAGCGCAGCGUUUUCCGCUGCAACGUCUUCGGGGAUAUUGGCAGCGGCAAGAGCGGCUUCCUUCAAGCUUUUCUGGGCCAAAACUUGAUGCAGCAAAAUAUGAUUAAAGAGGAGCACAGAUCCUAUUAUGCCAUCAGCACAACAUAUGUUUACGGCCAAGAGAAAUAUCUUCUUCUUCAUGAGGUCUUCCCUGACUUUGACUACCUGUCUGACGCCGAUAUGGCCUGUGACAUCGUCUGCCUGGUCUACGACGUCAGCAACCCCUACUCCUUCGAAUACUGUGCAAAAGUCUUCAAGCAAUACUUCAUGGACAGCAAAACGCCCUGUAUGAUGAUAGCGGCGAAGUCCGACCUGACCGAGGUCAAACAGAUGUACCGCUGCAGUCCUCUGGAGUUCUGCAGGAGGCACAAGAUGCCUCCUCCCCAGUCCUUCACCUGUAACACAGCGGCAGCACCCAGCAAGGACAUCUACACCAAACUUACCACUAUGGCCAUGCACCCCCACGCCCGGUUGCGCUGCAUGUGCACUUGUAAUCGGUGCACUUUCUGCUUGUGUCAGAACCUCCUCAACUCUGAGCUGCUGCAGACGGUCAGGACUAAACUCUACGCUGUCGUACACAGAAGACACGUAAACCAGGCAGACCUGAAGAACUCCACCUUCUGGCUGAGAAUGAGUGUCGGGGCCACAGUGUUUGCAGUGUUGGGCUUUGCCAUGUACAGAGUUCUUCUUAGGCCACGGUGAUUCCCAGGACCUGGGUUGGACCCACUUAUACAGUAGAGCUCUUGUGACCAUAAGACUCUUCCCUAUAUAAAAUCUGUCAUAGAUUUGUAGAUUUGUCAAAAAGAAACUAUUUUGUCUGAGUCAAAAGUAAUGAUUAAAAUUAUCUUAGCCAAGUUAAUUUUCAUUACAUGUUACAUUUUUAUUCCACUGUAAAUUUCUCUGCUUGGGGAUAAAAGAGAAAAAUCUUUAAUUUUGUACCAAAAUUGCUAAUUUGCAUAACUUGUCUGCAAAUAUUUAAAAACGAAAGUAAUAUAUUUAUAUACCAAUGAGAGAACGCUGCUGGUAAGUCUUUAAAUAGCUAUUUUUUUGGUUGCUUGCAGUUAAAUGAACAGCUUCGUGUCUCUGUGAUGGGUGACGGCAAUAGAAGUGAUGCUUUUAAUAUGGUCAGCUAUAUGUAAAUAUUGUAUAUAAUAGACAGUACUUUUGUUUGUCUUUGUCUGAUUCACACAACACAAAUACAGAAUGCAAAGGUGUUGGUUGAAUAGCCAGCUUCUAAAAUCACUGUCUCAGCAUUAAUGCUGUCACUGAUGACCCUUGUCCUCUCAUGGCCAAAUGCUUGGACACUUGGGGAUGUCGGUGAUGGAUCUGUUUGUGUGUGAUGUGCGGUCAGGUGUGCUGCUCUUUCUCAUGUCUUCCCAUGUUGGCCACUGUGUCAGCGUGUGUGUGUCUGUGUGUGUGUGCGCGUGUGCUAACCGUACAUGUCCAAAAUAUUCUAUACAGCCAUUUUAUGUCUUUUCUUUGCAUGCUUUUGGUUUUCUGACUACAUUCCAGUGUUUGGGCAUGACGCUACCACUAAAUGUUGACUCGGCUUCUCCACUUUGCUUGUCAUCUUCCACUAAUCCAGGAAUGUGGUGAAGGGUAUUGAUAGUAGUGGUGUCUAGAUGCCAGUUGGGCCACAGUGAAGUAGUUUGAUCCCGUCGUCAGAUCAGCCCUUGGUUGUAGAAUAUAUGUAUCAUUGUCAUCCGACACUGCUGCUGUACUGCUUGUUACAGGGUUCAGCUUGAUGUAUUCAUGCAGCCCUGCCUUUCCAAGUUUACAAUAAAGAAAUGUCUCAUCAGG